GGCCGCGCCUGCGCACAAAGGUGCCGGAGAAGGGGGUGGCCGGGGGAGCACGGGAAAAGACAAGAGGUGGCCGCCGCGGGGCGGGGGCGGCGUGACGUCAAGGCGCGCCGUAGCUCGGGCGGCGUGACGCAGGCACGCAGAGGGAGAGCUGCAUUAUGAUUAUGCUACAUUAAACUCGAACAUUCUUUAUAUGCAACCUGAGCUGUUUCAUGGAUUUUUUUGUGUGUCGUUAAAGAGGUAAUUGCUGGGAUGCUUUUUGACAUGGAUGGAAUGUUUUAUUGGCUGUAACGCAGCAGGAUGAAUAAAGGUGAGCAAAACAGAAUCAAGACUGUAUCAAAUUUUAAAAGCUUCAGCAAUGGAAAGUUACUGUGACUAUCAGAGGGCACAAUGCAGAAUCCUUUAACUCUUUCUGAAGAUGAACGGAAAUCCUCUUCUGGGAUAAUAAGAAGUGGAAAAGGUUUUCAGAAUAAAAGUCAGUUUAGGACAAUUGCACCAAAGAUGGUACCUAAAGUGAUAACAUCAGGGGUAGUGUCGUGUCUUCCAUCUGUUCUUCCUGAACAAACUAAUCCUAUUUCAUCUGCAAGCUCUAAACCACUUAUAAUGCCAACACAAAACUAUACUCUAAUGCAAGUUGCUGGUUGUGAGGGAACUUUUUCUCUUGUAGCUUUACCACAUAUCACCCCUGCACUGGCAGCACAACAAAUUCAACAAUCAAAUGUGCCCCCUCCUGAAAACCUCAAACUACCUAUUCCUAGGUAUCAAUCUGUAAAAAAUAAAUUGUUGAUUGACAAAAAAACAAUUCAAACCUCUUCUUCAAGUGCACAUAACAAGAUUCCCAGCAAGGUACAAAUUUCAUCACAGACACCAGCAAUGACUACUUCAACUGGAGAUCUUCCUGAAGCUCAUUCUACUACAGAUUCAUCUGAACAAGUUAUUUUAAUUGAUCAUGGUUCUACUGAAAUUACAGUUGCUACUUUACUCAGUGAAAACAACUGUGUAGAAUCUGGAUCUCCUUUACUAAAUAAAACCGAAACUGCUGAAGAUAGUAUUUCGGGACCAUCUGUCAUUAAAGAAUGUUUGUCCAAGCCAAUGAAUCCAAGUAAUCCUGUGAAAAUAAAUCUACAUUCCAUGAAAUCAACUAUUGAAGCCACAAAAGGUUCAGUCAUAACAUCUGAGAAACUUGAAGAAAAACUGGUGAAUUCUACAAAUUCUGUCACGGUCCCGUCACCGGCAAUAUUUGGCAAUGAAGUUCAAUUGACUCAGUCCGCACCAAAAGGAAAACUUCCUAUUUUGCCAUAUUCAAGAAUGAAAAGUGCAAUGUUCUGUGAAUCUAAACAAAAUUCUAACACUGUGGCUACAUCUACUCCUGGGCGAAGACCUGAAUGUGAAAAAAUACCACCUUUGGUAAAAACCUUUAAUGUUUCUACCAGAGUUUAUGAUAAACUACUAGCAAUAUCUUUUGCACAAAUCUCCAAACAAGCCCCCCGUGAAAAUACCUUCAGUCCAGCCACUAAACUGGAUGUUGAUAAUCUAAAGAAAUUGAAUGGUGUCGCCUCUAAGAGAAGAGGCAGAAAACGAAGAACCCCAGAUGAUAUAUUGGCAUUUCAGACCAAAAGAAGAAAGUGCAUCAUUAAUAAAUUUAGAGAGGGUAAAGAGAGAGUAAAAGUUGAUCCCCAUGAAUCAAAAGACAGUAGGGCUGAGUCAGUUAAAAAAUACCGUAGUAUCAGACCAAAACCUGUAGUUAUGCAGGCUUUAGCUCCACUGACUUCUGCGACUAUAAUAGAGACUCAGGUUCCUGACUGCAUAGAACAAGACAUUUUCUUAAAUGAUACACUUCCAAAUAAAUAUUUAAGCUAUAAGCAGAGUGAUGUCACUUCUGCUAAACAAAGUGAUCUGUGUAGAAAUUUAUUUUCUGCUGUACCUAAGCCAUGGCAUAAGUGCCAUGUCUGUAACCACAACUUUCAAUUUAAACACCAUCUUCAGGACCACAUGAACACACACACAAAUAGACGGCCUUAUAGCUGUCGAAUUUGCCAGAAAGCAUAUGUUCAUUCGGGAAGCCUAAGCACUCACAUGAAGCUUCAUCACAAUGAAGGUAGACUCAAGAAACGUCUAUGUUGUGAGUUUUGUGCCAAAGUAUUUGGCCAUGCAAGAGUAUACUUUGGCCAUCUGAAGGAAGUACACAGGGUUGUUAUCAGCACCGAGCACUCCAUAGGUGAACAGCAACUGCAAGAUGCUUUAAAGAAUAGAGACAUAAAUAUAAAAGGAGCAGAAGAAACAAUAGAGAGGGGAAAUAAAUGCAAUUUUGAAGAUUUAUUUCAGAGUCAAACAGAAGUCAAAUUACAGAUCAAAUGUGCCAGAUGCCAGUUUACUGCACAGUCUUUUGCUGAGAUGAAGUUUCAUUUGUUGUGUUUUCAUGGCGAGGAGCUCCCAGGAAGAAUAAAAGAAGGAAUUCUACAGGGAGGCAAGGGAGCUCAGGAAGAACUGAUCAAACAUGCAGCUCAUUUCUGGAAGCAGCGCAAAGAGAGACGAAAUCCAAUCAAACAUGGCACUUGUGAGGAAGAGUUCUAUGCUUUUCCAAAACUGAAAAGGCAAAUAUAUCUUCAUCAAAAUAAUUUUGAUACUUUAACUAAAAGUGAGGUUAUUCCAUCAGGUAACAGUGAACCAGGAAAGGAGUUGCAAAAUUUUGGUUGUGCCACACAAAAUAAAAAAAUUCAAAUUUGGUGUAAAGCUGAUUAUAACUGCAUUUUAUGCAAGCAGGUAUUUGGAAGAAAAGAGGGGCUUUUCAGUCAUUGGCAGAAUCAUCAUAAUUGUGAAGACCCCUCUGUUCUUUGGACUAUUUUUAAUUCAUUCUCCAAACAGGGAGUUAUUGAACUUUCUAAUAACGCUGAAAAAUGAAGCAGUGGCAAAAUUCAGCUAGAAAAGUAUUCCGUUUCCAAGGUUACUGAUUUAUUUGUGUCUGAUUUGCAAUGUAACAAAAAUUUACAAUUAAUUCACUCAUUCUCUUUGGUGAUCAGUUGCAGUGGUUUUACAUGUAGUUUAGGUUUGUUUGCUGAAUACAAAACUCUUAAUUCUCACCGUAGGCCUUUUCAGAUACAUAUAUAUACACACAAGCCUGUUAUAUAAUGCCAUACUUAAUAUUGAUGCACAAGGACCUUCACAGAAACAAGUAUGCAGAAAUGUUAGAGGUUGAAAUUAAGAAGAAAAAGGGAGGAACGUAUAUUAUAUUCUGUUGUACUCGGAGACAUUAAUGUUGCCCUUUGUAAAGUAAUGGCGUACAAAUGUUCUUCUUGUACAGAAUGACAAACCAGAUUGAAAAUAUAACUUUCAGUCUUAGCAGUGCCUCCAGAUUUUAUGGGAAAUGUAUAUAUGCAUGCAGUUUUCUGGGUGCAUGUUAAGAUUUAAUGUUUUUAUGCUUAUAGAUAUGGGACAAUAGAAAACCACAAGAAAAAGUAUUAAUGAACUCCAAGGAGUAUGGAUUUCUUUAGAAGUCUUCAGAACUUAAGCUUUCUUAAAAAAAAAAAAAAAAA